AUGAAGGGAAGGAAGAUGAAGCUCGCUCUCAUUUCUAAUGAGUCAACUAGAAAAACAACAUUCCAAAAACGAAAGAAGGGAUUAAUGAAAAAGGCCAGUGAAUUAGCGACUUUAUGUGGUAUUAACAUGUGCAUGAUUAUUUACAGUUCUUAUAACACUCAACCUGAAGUUUGGCCAUCUCCGUCCGGCGUUCAAAGUGUUCUCAAUGAUUUCAACGCAAUGUCAAAGAUAGAUCAGAGUAAAAAGAUGUUGAAUCAAGAGAUGAUUAUGCCUAUGGAAGACAAUGACAAUGAGAACAUCGAGAACAACAACAACAACAAUGAUAAUAGUGCUACCUGA